GCUGGGGUCGCCAUGGACAUCCUGAAGCGGGAGAUCAGCCGGAAGCGGCAGCAGCUGGAGGAGAAGGAGCUCGUGGGGGGAAAAAAGAAAUAUUUCAAACGCAGUGAGUUAGCUAAAAAAGAGGAGGAGGCCUACUUUCAGAGAUGUGGCUACAAGCCUGUAAAUGAGAAGCCACCUGGAGAGGUACAGCAGCAAGAGGAGGAGGAGAAACCACUGACUUCUUCAAAUCCAGUGCUGGAACUCGAACUGGCAGAAGAAAAGUUACCAAUGACCCUUUCCAGACAGGAGGUUAUCAGGAGGUUACGAGAGAGAGGUGAGCCCAUCAGACUGUUUGGAGAAACAGACUAUGAUGCAUUUCAGCGUCUGAGGAAGAUAGAAAUUCUUGCACCUGAAGUGAACAAGGGCCUGAGAAAUGACCUGAAGGCUGCUUUGGAUAAGAUUGACCAGCAGUAUCUGAACGAAAUUGUAGGCGGCCAAGAAGCAGGAGACGAUGACUCACAGAAUGACUUGAAAGUCCAUGAGGAGAAUACUACUAUUGAAGAAUUAGAAGCUUUGGGAGAAUCCUUAGGACGGGGUGAUGAUCACUAUGAUAUGGACAUCAUAACAAAGUUUUUGAAGUUUCUUCUUGGAGUUUGGGCUAAGGAGCUGAAUGCCAGAGAAGACUACGUGAAACGGGGAGUACAGGGGAAGCUGAACAGUGCCACUCAAAAGCAGACAGAAUCGUACCUGAGGCCACUCUUCAGAAAACUUCGGAAAAGGACACUUCCUGCAGACAUCAAAGAAUCAAUAACAGAUAUUAUUAAAUUCAUGUUGCAAAGAGAAUAUGUGAAGGCAAACGAUGCCUAUCUUCAGAUGGCUAUUGGAAAUGCUCCCUGGCCUAUUGGUGUCACUAUGGUUGGCAUCCACGCUCGAACAGGUCGUGAAAAGAUUUUCUCCAAGCACGUAGCCCACGUUCUCAAUGAUGAAACUCAAAGGAAGUAUAUUCAGGGGCUGAAGAGGCUCAUGACCAUUUGCCAGAAGCACUUCCCAACAGACCCAUCGAAAUGUGUGGAGUACAACGCUUUAUGAGGCUCUGCGGUGUCCAAGGCGUGACUCAUAUUUUGAUCUCCAAGACCCAGAGAGGAUUGAAGAGACAAGAGUUUGUGCUUUAACACCAACAGGAACCUAGGGUGGGCUUUGCAAAAAAGCAUAAAGCAGCAGAUUUUCUACAGCUUCCUUUUUACAAGCCCCAUUUAUUUAGAUUUCUUUUGAAAUCUAUGCUUUAUGCUGAACGCAUCCAAUAUACAGCAGAGGGGGUGGUUUUUGAAGGGGGUAUGACCAGGGGACAAUGAACACGACCCUUGCUUUUAUUUCAGUUUGUUAUUCAGGGAACCAUACAGACUGAACUGUUUCCCAUAUCGUAGAGCUUUAGGUGCGACUCAGCCCUGCAAGGAGCGUAUGUGGAGCUUUUUUGGCUGCUUUCCCAUUGGAGGCUGGUGUGGGGAGAUGAUUAGAGGGAAGCAGUUGAAUCUGAAUCUUGGUUAUUUCUGUAAAUAUGAGGACUUUAAUGGCUAAUCUUUCAUGUGGUAUUUAUCAAGAGGAGAAAAAAAAGGUUUCUAUAUUUCUUAGCUGAAAAAUACAGCCAGCCUCAGUGCAAAGAGUUUUUGAUCUUGAA